UUGGGCUGUACAACCAUUUGUUUUUUUGUUUAUGAGAUUUCUACCCAACCACCGUUGAAGCACAAUAUAAAUCAUAAAAAAAUAAGGCCAAUCCAACCACAUCAACUAAACGAAACUUCAAACUGCUCUUCCUCUCUGCUUUGGUCUCUUUCUCGUAACUGAGUAGAUAGAUUUGGCGAAGUUUUUGAUUGGCAAACCAGUCAAAAAUGGAGGCAAAUCUUGCACAAAGAAUGCAAAUUUCGACAACAUGGAUUGAUUCAUACAAGUUUCCAAGAAAACCAACUAGUUCCCUGCGGUUUUCAGGGAGAUUUAAGGAACAGAAGAGACUCCGAGUGUUUGUUUCUGCUCAAUUUCGGCCUGCAAGAGAUGAAAAUCGACAUAGACAGGCUUCUUUUGAGGUUUCUUGUUCUUGUAACAAUUCUCAAGUUUCAACGUUGGAAUCUGAAAGUCUCCAGGAUUUGUUUGGCGAGGAAGCUUUGAUUUUGAAGAAUAAGUCACAAGAGAUUGAGCCAUAUUUAAAUGGACGCUGUAUAUAUCUUGUUGGGAUGAUGGGCUCUGGAAAAACUACAGUGGGAAAGAUUCUCUCGCAAUCAAUUCGUUAUUCAUUCUGUGACUGUGACAAACUGGUGGAGCAGGAUGUUGGUGUGCCUUCUGUAGCUGAAAUAUUUGAAAUAUAUGGAGAGGAUUUCUUCAGAGAUAAAGAGACUGAGGCAUUAGAAAAGCUAUCAAUAGAACACCGGUUUGUUGUUUCCACUGGUGGCGGUGCUGUGAUACGGGAUGAAAACUGGAUAUACAUGAGGAAGGGGAUUAGUGUCUGGUUAGAUGUGCCUUUGGAAGAAUUGGCACAGAGGAUCGCGGCUGUAGGAACCAAGUCUCGCCCCCUUUUGGAUAAUGAACCAGGAGAUGCAUACAACACUGCAUUAAGACGCCUUUCUACUCUGUUUGAGAAGAGACAUAAAGCUUAUGAAAAUGCCAAGGCGAGGGUUUCUCUGGAAAAUAUUGCAGCCAAACUAGGAUAUAAAGAUGUAUCCAGUAUCACACCUGCUAUGAUUGCGAUUGAGGCACUUGAACAAAUUGGAAAUGUCCUAUAGGACAUCAGUGGCAUGGCUGCAAUGGGAUUCUAUUUUAACAAGCUCUGAUUAUGGCGCUUAGUUGGAUGGCAUCCCAUGCCAUGUUUCUAUUUUCUAGUAGCAGAACAUGGCUUAUGUGAUGCAUUACGUGGAAGGUUUCCAUUUAUUACCAGCAGGAUUUGGGAUGCGAAUGAUGUGUAAGAUCUAUGUUGUCGUGUUGACUUGUGCAUAUGGCGAGGUGUGUUGACUUGUGCAUAUGGCGAGGUGCCACUUCGCCGGAUGCCAUGUGAUCAAAAUAAAGGUUAGAGAUUAAUGUCAUGCUGUUGAUUCUUUCGUGGAUUCCUGCUCAGCCAAUGUAUGCAAGGAUUUUCUAUGAAUGUGCUUCUUUGUUGGACAUUUCAUAUGGAUGGCCUAGAUUUAGGCAAAUCUUCUCAUUUUUACACUGCUGAAGGGUUUAGUUCGUAUUGUUACUGUUUCUGGGUACUAUGGACACAUGGAGUGGUAGAUACAAAGGAGUCAGAAAGUAAUUGAUAAUGCAGCUAUGAUCUUUGCAUGCAACCCCAGCAGAUGUUAUAAUAUACUCGUCACUGUAAGCUUUGGUAUGGCCAACUGGUCGGUACAUUGCAGCUGACUUGAAAGGAGCCGUGAUGGGAGUUAGCUUUGAAGAUGUAAUUUAUUAGCGAUGGAGGAUUUGUUUGUUUCAUUCGAUUGGAUUUUUCUGCAUAAAGGAACAUUACCAGUUAUUGUGCAUGUAUAAUAAACACAAACCUUUCUGAAAGGAUGAUGCUGAUCAAGCUCAUGUAGUUCUCAGCAAGAAGUGAACAACACUUGGUGAAUGUAAUGAGUAGCAGGAUACGCAUAAUUCUGCAAAAGAUACAGCACUUCAGCA